AAUGGAUUUCACACAGUCACUCCUCAAGCUCCCAACAUUUCGUUUAGGAGACGUACACAGACUGGCAGAAAAGUUCUCAAAGACUCCAACCUCUAAACCCGACAAGUUCUUUAUAGAACAGCACCUGUUUGAUUAUCAAGUUUACAAUUGACUCUGGAGAGGACCCCGUGGCACUGGAGUGCAUGGCAUGUUCCUGUGCCGCAGGGAUUGCACCAGAGGCAACAAAUGAUAUGACAGUGUGUAAGCCCAAAACAAAAAGAAGCGUAAGGACUGGUGCAAAGUGCACACUGUACAGAGCAUAUGCUGGGCCUCUUCCAGAUCCUCAUAUGAUGGCCAGUGGAGAAAAACUCAAAGACAUUCAUCCACAACCAGGGUUAUGCAAACUGCUGCAUGGGCUUGAGAACCUUAAUUUGGUCGACUCUAAAUUUGGCCCUGUGCCAUUUGGCUCUGUCCUUUCUUACCAGUGCCCUCCUGAAAUACGUAAAGACUGUAUUAGACACCCUGAUGCCCCUGCGUUUCCGCAGUUACCUGUUGAUGGCUACAGUUUUAAAUUCCCAGGAAAUGAUGAGCUCAAUUACAAGCAACAAUGCCACCUGGAGAGCCUGAAGGUAACACUGGAGAUCUCAGCUGCUAUUGAAACUGAAACCAGACAGCAGUCAGAAUGCCAGUUAUGGACCCUGGUACGCAAACCCCGACUCACAGCCAGCCGAUUCCGUGAGAUAUGCCAUGUCCAUGGGGAGUCUUCUGCCAAAGCCUUGGCUUCUCGCAUCCUGAGGGGAACAGGUUUGGACCUGGAGGCGGAGAUACGGCGGCAGUAUUCAGAUUUCUGUGAUGUCUCUGUGACACCUUCUGGUGUAAUAAUACACCCAGACGCACCUCACCUUGGGGCUAGCCCUGAGUCUUCAACCCGUGCGAAGAACCACCAUUUGGCCUGGCAGAGGUCAAGACCUGCAACGUGGAAAGUGUUCAACAAGUGAAACACCUGACCACAGUUCAAGGCAAAGCCUACUUACGCAAGACACACAAAUACUAUUACCAGGUGCAGGGACAACUGGCCAUAAGUGGCCUUCAGUGGUGUGAUUUUGUUACUGAUACGCACACUGACUUCACUGUAGAACGAAUCUUUAGAGAUGAGGAGCUUAUCCUGUCCAUGCGCCUAAAGCUAGAUGAGUUCUACUUCAACAUCUACAUGGAUGUCUUCUUAUGUAGUAAAACUUAAAAAUGACUCUGUGUGCUCUGAGUGGUUUCAAAAUGUUUAAACAUUUUUAUUUUUUAUGUAAAAGUUUAAUGUAAAAGGUGUACUCAUUUACAGUGCAGCGUUGAAAUGUUUGUGGACUGCGGUGUGAGCAAUUUUCAAACUGCUGA